UGGCUCCAGGUUUGCUCUGGUAGGCGAACGAAGCCGAAUCCCGAAGCCGAGCGUCGCCAUGGGGAUCGACAUCAUCGCAGGGGGGCGAUUGAAGAAGAGCACCAAAGGCCGCGAGGCCAAGACGCCGAACCCCUACAUCCUGCUGCUCUGCAAGCUCUACAAGUUCCUGGCCCGUCGCACGGAGUCGAAGUUCAACAAGGUCAUCUACAAGCGCCUGAACAUGUCUGGGCGCAACCGGCCCCCGCUGUCGCUCUCGAAGCUCCAGAAGAACAUGGCCAACAAGGAGGGCAAGACCGCGGUGGUGGUGGGCACUGUGACGGACGACAAGCGGCUCUACGAGGUGCCCAAGAUGUCGGUUUGCGCGCUGCAGUUCACCGAAACCGCACGGGCACGGAUCCUGAAGGCCGGCGGUGAGUGCAUGACCUUUGAUCAACUGGCGAUGCGCUCGCCCAUGGGCAAGGGCACGGUGCUGCUGCGUGGCCCGAAGAGCCGAGAGGCGAACCGCCACUUCGGGAAGGCCCCCGGGGUGCCCGGCAGCACCACGGCGCCCCACGUGCGGUCCAAGGGGCGGAAGUUCGAAAAGGCCCGCGGUCGCAGACGCUCCCGUGGCUUCAAGGUGUAAGCUCGAGACGGACAUCACAUCGACAUGCGCAGCCGGAGCAGAA